AUGGAUUUUCCGUCACAUCUUAUCAUCACCUCUCCUCAUCGCCUUUCCAUUUUGCUAGUGACGAGGCGUGGUCGCCCUGAAAACUCGGAUACUCCCAUCUCCGUUCUGCUGCCUCGUAUUCCCUCCUGCUGUUGCCUACCACCUCUUUCCACUGCUGCUGCCGCUCCUCCCCUCCGUCCUCUGCUACUAUCCCUCCUCCCCAGGCUCGCCCCAUCAGCCAUGGCUCGGAUGACUGCAGUGGCCAUGCUGUUGCCAGGGCUGCUGGCCGGCCUCGCCAUUGGCGCUGCCAUCGCUGCCGUCACCAUCAUCAGCAUCAUGCCUCUUGACAAGAAUGCUUGUUGUCGUGCCCCAGUUGCAGAUGAUGCCAAUGCCACUGCCAUGUGUCAGAAUGGCACAUGCCGACCUCACACUCCGGCCCAUUCCAUCGCCGCCUCCCCUCAGCAUGCCCACGCUCUCAAUUCUCCAGGUGGGGUUUAUCUACUCGUGCUGUAUUCUGCCAUCGCAACUCUCAUGGCACUACUGUGGGGGAUGGGCGUGACCCACACACAAGUGAGAGCAUGGGUGCAUCAGCAUGGCUUGGCUGUGGCUGCUGGGCUGAUGAAGCUGAAGAGUGCAAGCAAGGGCCUCGUGGCGAUGGAGAUGAGAAUGAGAGCGCUUGGCGUGCAGCUGGAAGAGACAAGGAGGGAGUUGGAGGAGGCUGAGAGGAGACGAGAAGUAGAGAUGAGGGAGAUGAAAGGGCAGUUGGAGGAGACAAAGAGGGAGUUUGCAGCAGAUUUGGCAGCAGCGAAGGUCGCUAUGACAGAGCAAUGGAAUAUGACUGAUAGGGGAAGUGACUUGGCACGGAGAGGAAAUGAGAGUAGAAAGGGAGAGGAAAAUUUGCGAGUGGAGUUGGCAAGGGAGAGGGAGGAAAUGAUACAAGAUCUGAAGAUGAAUAUUGAGCUGGAAAUUAGCCAGAGUGAAGGCGAUCGGAAGGCUGCAUGGCAGGUCCAACACGUAUGA